GCCGGGUGGAUCUCUCCUCUCUACUCCACUACUGCUUGGACUUAGUGCUUCAUUAAGGAGAACUGAAAAUUACGAAACAUCUGCAGCAAUAUACCUGGACGCAAUAAGUAUAUAUAUAUAAUAAAUAUAUAUAAAAAACUUAUAUAUAGAAAUAUUUUUUUUCCUGGAGACACAUAUAUACAGUUUAUUUAUUGGGAGGCAGGACGCGGUUUGGGAACGAACUGGGCUGCAGAGGACACGGAGGGAUUUUGUCCGGGGAAUUUCGCAGCUCAUAUAAAUGUCUCUCGGGAUACAGACUUUGGAGAAUAGCUUACGAUUGUGUUUGUUCUGACUUGUGCCUGGUGCCUACUUCUGAAACACUCUAAAUGCCAGGAAUCAGCACGAGCCCUUUCCCCUAUGCAUGCUGGGACAUGGAGGACCCUGAUCAAUACCAACACUACUUCUAUGACGACCACGAUCCAGACGAAGACUUCUUCAAAUCCACUGCACCCAGCGAGGACAUUUGGAAGAAGUUCGAGCUCGUGCCAACACCUCCCAUGUCUCCUGUCAGGCGGCUGGAUGAAACAUCUGUGUGUCCAUCACUGGGAGACAAACUCGAGUGGGUGUCUCACUUCCUGGGCCAGGAUGACGAACACGAGGCACAAUGCAACCUGAGCUCGAUAAUCAUACAGGACUGCAUGUGGAGCGGCUUUUCGGCCACUCAGAGGCUCGAGAAGGCUGUCAGCGAGCACAUGUUGUGCCAGGGUGGUGCCAAGGUGCCUCUCGUCCCGCAGAUUCCUGCUUCGAGGUCACAGAGUGGUCAUGCGGAGUCGUUAUCUCUCAGCAGCCCGAUGGCAGACUGCGUGGAUCCGGCGGCUGUGUUGACCUUCCCGCUGAGUGGCUGCAAGAAGCAGGUGUCCUCUGGAUCUGAGUCACACACCGACUCAUCUGAUGAUGAGGAGAUUGACGUAGUGACUGUGGAACACAAGCAUGGAAAAUCUCGACCAGUGAACUCGCGCAAGCCGGUCACCAUCACAGUGCGCGCCGACCCACACGACCCGGGCACAAAGCGCUUCCACAUCUCCAUCCACCAACAGCAGCACAACUACGCUGCCCCGUCCCCUGAUUCAGAGCCCCCUCGCAAGAGGAUCCGCCAGGAGACCUCACAGCCCCGGACAUGCUCCACAGUCCACACACUCGAGUGCAAACCACCUGUUUCACCUGUUGCAUCGAUUUCCAGUUCAUCAGCAGACUCCACCCCCUCCUCACCACCUCCUGUCUCACCACAUCAUGGCUCCAAAUCACAGCCGGCAAGCCCACAAAGCUCAGACAGUGAGGACAUGGACAAACGCAAGAACCACAACUUUCUAGAGAGGAAGAGGCGCAACGACCUGCGAUCACGCUUCUUGGCACUAAGAGAUGAGAUUCCAGGCCUCGUGGACUGUCCAAAGACGCCCAAGGUGGUAAUCCUUACCAAGGCGACGGAGUACCUGCAUCUGCUACAUGUCACAGAUAGGCAAAAAGCCCAGGAGAAGAAGCAGCUCAAAAACAGGCAUCAGCAGCUCCUUAGGAGGAUAGCAGAACUGAAACGCUCUUAAAGUUGGUCACAGAUUCAGGCAAGUCACAAGGACUGUUUGUGAGAGUGCUUGGUUAAAAGUGGGGAUUAAUUAAGAUUAAAGACAACAAACACUUUUAUUUGUUUUAGUCUCCAACAAUUUUUGCACAUUUUAUUCUGCAGUCACUUCUGGUGUGUUGUGGAUUACAUAAACUUCACUGAGUUUCCCAAAGAAUAACUUGCUAAUAAAAAUGAAAGGGUUUGCAUAGUGAAAUAGUUCUAGUUAGGGGUAAUUUAUGAAUUUGAACCACCAUGCCAUUCAGGCCUUGCUUGACAUGUAGCAUUUAGCUUUUAUGCAUGUUUGACCACCCUUGUAACGGUGGAUUUGUGUGAAGAAAUCUGCAAAUGAUCCAAUUUAAUAAGUCUUUGCCCUGCUGUGCUAUUACUAAUGUUCAAGUUGAUUUGAACAAUUUGAAAGUGAAGUUUUGCGAGGCCUUUGCAAUACUCUAUCCAGGGUGGAGUAGAAAAACAAACGACAACAACAAAAGGUGUUACCGUUUAUCUACAAAGAUGACAUAUUUGGUUUAUUGGUUUUUUUCAAUGUUCUUGUACUGGUGCACAUCUGAGUCCAUGCCUUACCGACAUGAUGUAUAUAUAAACUGUGAGAUCUGUAACCAUUUGUACAUAAUAGGUCAGCUGUAUAGGUGUGUAAAGUGUAUUACUGUGUAUAUAUAUAUGCUUUCCAUUUUAAUACCAAAAUCAAGGUUGUUUGAUUUUAACUUUUUUUUUUCUUUCUGAAACUCAGUUGGCCCACUUGGCUUGAACUUAUCUCAGAGUAUCUUAAAGCUUCUAUUUUUGUUAACAAAAGUAAAAACGACAAAAAAAGUAAAACAUUAAAAUGACACUAUAGAACCUUACUUUGCAUUGCUAGACACCUUGUUGUUUCCACUGCCUAAUCAUUUUUUGUUUUUAAGGAUACAAUUCAACAAAUGCUGAGAAGAGUCUUUUAUAAUCUAUUUUCUUACAAAUUUCUGUGUUUCUUUGUCAUGCUAAUGUCUUUUUAUGUGUUUUUGACCUUUUUUUUUAUAUACAAAAGCUCUACUGGUGGUAUAUGCUUCUUUAUUUAUUCAUAUACUCGGGUCUGUGUUUUUAUUACAGUACAUUUUAUUCUUCCUAGUGCAAUAUCCUUUGAAUCAGGCAACUUUACAGAUCUUCUUGUAUAAUGUCAUCAUGCUGCAUGGUGUACUGCUUUCUCACACCUAACCCCCCCCCCCCCCCCCAAUAGUACUGCUGUUAUACUGAAGGCUAAUUUACACAACAUGUUCUGCCUUCAACCUUUUCAGAUUCAACCUGGUCAUAAAUAAAUAUAAAGCCAUUCUCACACACAAAUCGUGUAAUGGGAUUAAUGUUGCGCUUUCCAAAAAUGAAAGCCUGGCCUUGCUGAUCAGUCUCCGCUGAUCUUUCAAUUCAUUGUUCUUAAAGCACUACAGUUUUAUCAGUAAUUGAGUGCAGUGGAUACAUCUGAUCUGCUCUCCAUAAGAUCUCUCUGUCUUGGCUCCUAAAAGUUUACUGUUGUUAAAACCUCUGCAUGGCGUGUCUCAGUAGGUCAUUCCUCGAUGGGAUUCAUUCCUUUAUGGGGUUCUCCUAUUUCACCUCGUUUCCGAUGUCCUCCUCUAAGAUGCAUAUACCAUCAGUAAGCGCAACACUCUCAGUCUUAUUUAUGUUUUAUUUCUGGUGUAAGAAGCAAGCUUUAAGAAUCCAUUUGUUACUGUUAAUAUUUGUCACAUACCUUUUUUUUUUUAUCUUUCUGCUUUUUUUUCCCAUUUUGUUUGUUGCUCCUUUUUUCACUUUGUCUCUCCUAGUGGACAAAUGUUACACUUGGAGCAUGACAGCAGCAUUAAGCACUUUGUGUUCAGUACCUCAUGAGCCCAUAGAAGUCAGACAAUUAAUAAAUUCAAAAUCAAAACUA